AUGGCUAGCCAACUCGAGUUAUCAGACGUCGAGUUCAUGACAAAAGGCUAUCGGAACCGCACAAUCCUUGUCUUUUCAAUCUGCUUCCCUUUGGCUGGGUUAACCGUUUCUCUACGAUUUUUUAGUCGUGUCUUGGCAAAGAAUCCCUUCUGGUGGGAUGACUGGCUAUCGCUGACUGGUCUGUUCAUGACGGGAGGUUUCUGCGCCUGUGUGUUGUCAUGCCUCCCCAGCCUUGGUCUUCUUAGCGGCAAAGAGCCCAUCACGAAUGAACUCUUGAGCCAUAACGCCAAAGGAGCAUACGUCGCCGAGAUGUUUUAUUAUUGCAAUCAACUCAGUCUCAAGUUUUCUAUUCUAAUGUUUUACUGGAGAGUCUUUGCGUCAUCAACCUACAUCCGAAGGUCUAUCUACUAUAUUGGAGUGUGCAUCCUUCUCUGGUUUACUUCCGCGUUUAUUGUCUCUGCUCUUCAAUGCGUCCCAGUACACGCAAACUGGGAUCCGAUUGCGAAACAACGACCCGAUGUAAAGUGCGUCGACUUGAAUGGGUUUUUCUUUGGCACUUCGAUUCCGAAUAUUGUGGCCGAUUUGGUUCUGGUUGUUCUACCGAUUCCGCAAGUAUUACAACUCAAGAUUACACUCACCCAAAAAUGUUUUGUGAUUCUGUUUUUCAUACUCGGUGGCUUUGUUGUCAUCACGUCCAUCGUUCGACUAGAAUUAAUUACAAAAGUCGACUUUGGAACUUUUGCCGUCAAUUGGACAGUCGACAACUCAGUUCUAUGGACCAUUGUCGAAAAUUGUUGCGGCGUUAUCAGCGUCUGUCUCCCCUCACUCCGACCCAUCAUUAGAUUCAUUCCAUGGAAAGCCUUCCAGAACGCCUUUACACGCAGCUACGGUGCAAGCCACGAGUCCAAAUCUCAAUCAAAGCCAACAGCGAGAGCUGCACUUCCCAGCCAUGAACUCGAAUGUCCUUGGAGGAAAUAUUGA